GUACACUGUCCAACUUCUAAGCAGGAGCUUCUCGGGUGGGAGAGCUGCCUCUCAAGGAGAGGACCUCCCUCCAAUGGCUGUAAUGCGCGCCAGCCUGGUGCAGAUGCUGGGUGUGCAGGGGAGGAGGAAGAGGAGGGGAAGGAUGAGCUGGAGUGCGCUGCUGGAGGCCAAGAGCAUGCCUUGUUCCUCGUGUUGUCUUCCCUUGCCCAUAUUUCCCUGGGCUGUUGGGGUCAGCCUGAGGGACUGAGGGGAGAGCUCUCAAGCAAGCUGCUGCUGCUUAGCCAUUGCUUGCUCUUUUUUGUGUGGGCACUCAGUUUUUCUGGUUUGGUUGCCCUGGCUCGCUUGCGAGAGAAGUUCCUUUCUGGAGCUGCUGUUUGCUAUAUUUCAGAGGUGCUGGCCAAGUCCUUGAGUUUGUCCUGUGCUGAACUGUCAACCCCCAUGCUUGUUGUGGGCCAUGGUAAUGAGGGUAGCAGUACUGUGCGUGAGGGCCCCUUUUUCAGCCUGUACCACCACCACCGAGUAUGUCUGAGCCCCAUGUGGUCUAUGCCCCUAAGACCACAGACUCCCUUUUUCACAGGGUUUUUUUGGCGGCUGCCUGUGUCCUUGUGGAGCCCUGGAGGAGUACUUGUCCAGCCACCUUUGCAGGCUGUUAGCAGUUGAAUGUCCCAAACGUUUGGGCUUGCGUCUGGUCUGUGAGGCAAAGUGCAUCCUAGGCAUGUUAUCUGGGGUUUGCUGAAGCAGGGUUCCUGCAUCCAUUCAAGGGAUGGCCUAUGUCAGCAUUGCUGAGAGGAGGCAAGAGGCCGUUAAGGGAGGUGGUGGUGGGCUUGCCCAAGGUCGGGCUGUUGCUGGGGGCCAGCCCGGUGCCUGCAGGGUGAUCUGUGCAGCCAGGGUGACUGUGCUGUUCCUUUGGUAAGCGGGGCAACGUCAGCCCCAGAGUGGUGCCACAGCCUGGCAGGAGGAGCAAGUGUGCUAGCUGGCAGCCCGUGACUUCCCAGGGUUGUAGAGCGAGAUGGCCCCCCUGGAGGACGGGAGAAAGAAACCAGGCUGCUUCUUGUUGGCGCCCAACCUAACGCGGGAAGGUGAUGAAGAGGCUCUGGCUGUCUGCUUUGCUGAUUUCUGAGGUGCACUGCGACAGGAGGGGGAGGUCUCCAAGGGCUGUGUCUGCGGCGCCAGCCUCUCCUGAAGUACCUGCGGGCCUGCAUGACCCAGCAGUUGCAGUCAUGGAAAUGGUUGCAAAGCCUUCAGCAGGCAGUGGAUGAGCUUGGGCCUCACUGACUGUUUUCCUCCCUGUCUCCUUCCUAUUCCAACAAGGUCAUUUGCUAUGCUGUUGCUUGCAGCGAGACUGUGCCAAUUGCUCAAAUGGUGGCCCGGCAAAGGAGUUCCAAGAAGAAAAUGGGACGGCAAGUGAACUGCCAGAUGAGGCUGAAGAACACGUCUUCGGUCACAUUAGCAGGAAAGCCCAAAGGAACUUUGCGACAGCCCAGGUCUUUGAGCGUGCCAGAAGAAGGUGGCAAGAGGCCCGUUCCUCGCCCGCCACGAGGCAGAGAAGUGGCGUGUGGAGUGGUGAGACCCGCUAUGGAGAGCGCCCGGUCUGCCUUGCCUCCAGCCGCUGGGAGUGGCCCACCUAAAGAAAUGCCCAUGCAGAGGCACGUCACUGUGGUGAACAGGUCUGAGAAGAGACUAACUGUCCCACCACGGUUUCAAAAGGAGUUACAAGUUCACCUGUCCAGAAGCUCUUCCAUAGAUUCAAAUGAUAACUUGAAUACAUCCAUUACAGAGACACAUACUGUUGCUUCUGGCCCUUCUGCUGCUCAUGACAAUGAAGUUCAAAGUCGCAUUAAAGAGAUUCUGAGCAAGUGCAGCAGUGGUGUCUGGGUGUCAAAGAUGCCACAGAUCUACCGGGAAAUGUACUGGGAGGAGCUUAGCACAGCAGUGCUCAGUCAGCUUGAGAACUGGCCUCAUGUGUGCACAGUGGAGAAAGUACACAGGGGUGAUCACAUGGAUGGGCUUCUUUAUCCUGCUAAGAAAAUACCACCGACAGCAAAAAGUGAUACAGAGCAAGAAAAGGCAUCUCAGAAUGUUCCUUCUUCAAAAGUAGACCGUUUGUUAAAACCAAAUAUGGAGACCACGCCUGCAUCACUUAGUAGUGACUUCAAGCAGAAAGUUGUUAACAUCUUGCUGAAGUAUUCCAGUGGUCUUUGGGCUAAUGCGCUUCCCAAAUUGUACCAAGACACUUACCAAGUAAAAUUUCCAGAAGACAUUCUAAAUAAUCUAGAGCUGCUCUCAGAUAUAUGUAUAGUGGACUAUGUAUCUGAAGCCCCCAGAAAGGCCAUCCUCUAUGCUAAACCCCAAAGAUGCACUGAUGAAAACCUGAAUGUCACUGAGAAAGUCCAGAGGCCUGAUGGUGUGAAGGCCACAGCUGAAGAGUCCAAGGACCAAUAUCCAGAGAACAUAACUGUUCCUCCUCUAAUCAUUCCAUCGGAAGGCUCUGUGUCCGUCAUGGUGUUAGAACUGAAAAACACUAAUGACGUCUUAAUUAGGUAUGUGGGAAAAGAUUAUUCUUCUGCCCAGGAACAAAUGGAAGAUGACAUGAAAGCAUACUAUAGUCAGAAUAGUACAGUGUCACUAGCUCAAUCGCUGAGCGUUGGGCAACUCGUUGCAGUACAUGCUGAAGAAGACGCCUGGUUGCGUGCUCGGAUAAUUUCUCUAGAAGACAACAGAAUAAAGGUAUGCUAUGUUGAUCAUGGCUUCAGUGAGUUUGUUGAAAGCAACAGUGUGUACAAACUACAGAAACAGUUCCAUUCACUUCCAUUUCAAGCUGCAAAAUGUAAACUGGCAGGACUGGAAGUCUUCUGUGAUGAUCCUGUACUAGUAAAAACUGUGGAAUUGCAGACAUGCUCCAAGAUAUUUGCUGUGGAAAUACUGGAGAAGAGUGAUAUUCCACUUCUUGUUCUCUAUGACACUUCCGGAGAAGACGAUAUCAACAUCAAUGCUACUUGUCUGAAGGCAUUGUAUGACAAGUCACUUGAACUGCACCUACAGGUAGAUGCACUAUAUAAGAAUGUUAGAGUAACCAGUGUUUUCUCUGAUGGAAGCCUGUAUUGCCAAGUGCCAUCUAAAGGCUUGUCUAGACUUUCUGAAAUCUUGCAGAAACUAGAAGACUACUUCCACCACAAGCAGACACCUGAGUUUAACGUAUCACUACCUUUCUGUGGCAAAAUCUGCUUGUUUCCUUCCAAAGGAAAAUGGGCACGUGUAGAGAUAAGAAUUAUUCACACUAGACGGGCACUUGAUGUGCAGUUCAUGGAUACUGGAACAGUUGCAACUGUAAAAGUAUCAGAGCUUAGAGAAAUCCCACCACAAUUCCUUAGAGAAGUAAUUGCAAUACCUCCUCAGGCUAUAAAAUGCUGCCUAGCAGAUCUGCCUCCUAACACUGGCAUGUGGACUCCAGAUGCCGUGCUGUGGCUGAGAGACGCUGUAAUGAAUUGUCCUGAAUUUAGCAUGAAGGUGGUUAAACAGGAUGGUUCAAAGGGAAUUGCACACGUUUACUUGUUUGCUCCAGAGAAUUUCCCAGACAUGGAUCAUAGCAUCAAUCGACAGAUCAAAAAUGCAGACUUGUGGAAGCAUCAGAAGGAUGUUUUCUUGAGUGUUACACCCAGUGGGACUAGCUCCACAAAAAUGACGAGUGAUGGUGUUUCAGCUCUACGGUUAACUAGUGGAAGGCUAGAGAAGAAUUUCUCUGAUUCAGCCAGAGAACCCAGCAGUGCGGUGUCUACCAUUGAUAUGCCUCCACCUCUACCCUUGUCCAAGGCUGGUGAGCUCAUGGAUGUCUAUGUCUCAGUGGCCUGCCAUCCAGGUCACUUCAUUGUCCAGCCUUGGAAAGAGCUACAUAAUCUGGAAGCCCUAAUGGAAGAAAUGAUCUUGUACUAUAGCAGGGCAGAAGAGAAACCUGUGAACCUUGAAAAAAACAAGCUGUAUGCAGCUAAAAUUGAAAAUCAGUGGUACAGGGUCGUAAUAAAAGGAAUUCUUAGAAACGGGUUUUUGUCGGUGUAUGAGCUGGACUAUGGUAAACAUGAGUUUGUCAGCAUAGAGAAAGUACAGCCACUCAUGGAUACGUUUAGAAAACUACCUUUCCAAGCCAUCACAGCUCAACUUGCAGGAGUGAGAAGCCAGCAGUGGUCAGAAGAGGCAUCAAUAGUGUUUCGGAAUCUUGUGGAGAAGAAACCCUUGGUGGCACAGAUAGAGGCAGUUAAUGAAAGCACUAACUCUUGGGAUCGAAAAAUAGUGACAUUUCUUGUGGACACAUCUCUUCCAGAUACUGAUAUAUGGAUUCAUGAUUUUGUGUCUCAAAGUCUUGUGGAAUUUUCAAAGGAUGAUUAAUCCCCACCUCUGAAAUGUAGCAGCUCAGAUUCUUUAGCAAUAAAAUUAGUAACAGGCUUUGAAAAGAAAUAUAACUACUACAUGGCCUUGGAGACAUGAAGGUGAUAAAAUUAAAAAAUCUGUGUUCUGUGAAAAGGGUUUGUUUAACAACUUUGGGUUCUGUUGACUUCAGUUGACUUCCUGAAAAUUUGCACUUUGUUUACCAUUGUAAUGCUAGAAUGUUUGGGUGAAAAUAUUA